AUGGCUGCGGAGAAGGAUAAUUCCGAUGCGAAGAAUCAGGUAAAUUUGAGGAUAAUCUGGGAAAAUUGGGUUUCACUUUGAUUUUCAGAUGGAGAUUCAGAAUUUCCAGCUCCCCUUCUUGAAUUUCAUGAUUUUUCAGAUAACUUUCUUCUUUCCCACAAAAAAUGGCUGAAAAUUAGAUUUUCAGCCAGAUUCUCUUUUUCUAAAAAAUCAGACUUUUUUUGAGAAAAAAGUCGGAUUUUUCCUGAAUUUUCAGACGGAAAUUUGUACGGAAUUCUUAUCUGAAAAUUUCCAAAUUUAUUGAUUAUAGUGAAAUUUUGAAAUGGAACAAUUCAUCAAAAAAAUCCGAAUUUCCAAAUUUUUACACAAAAAAUCAUAAAAAAUGUUCCAUCUGCUGACUAUUGACUUCAAAAAAUUCCACCAAAAAUCUUCAAUUUUUUCUAGUUCCUCUACGACGAGAAUAAUCCAUUCGUAAUCUGCUCUCGCAAUUUUGUCCCAUUAUAUCGUUGUCAACCAUUGUACAAAUGCUCAUUCUGCAGAGCAUCGUAUUCCGAAGGUUUGGAAAGCGAAUUGUGCGUGCGAUGUUUGUCAGAUAUCCAAAAUUGGCAAAAAUGUAUUGGGAUUGAGAAUUUCAACAUUAAACAAUUAAAUUCCUUUCAAUUCAAAUGUGUGAUGAUAAUUAAUUAA